UACCCAGCAGCCGUCUUUCAUUUCCGACAAACUGUUCAACACAGCCGUCAAAAUAAUUCACCAACCCAGUGACCCGAACAUACCCAAGGCUAUAAUGCCCUAUAACGGUUCAACCAAUGGCAGUGCCGGUGGCGGCGGGGGUGUUCUUGUGGUCAGUGAUGGGCCGCAAAAUAAAAAGAUCCGCACCGGUGUCCAGCAGUCGGGAGAUGGUGAUGUACACAUGAUUGCCAGGACAACCACUCAAAGCCAACAACAGCCCUUGAUGAAUAAAUCCAAUGAUGAUCUAAGAAGAAAACGCCCCGAAUCCACAAGGCCAAAUCACAUUUUGCUGUUCACCAUCAUAAAUCCAUUCUAUCCGAUUACAGUUGUAAGUAGACAAUUUUCAUGUUGUUGUUGUUCACAGGAGACUACCAGACAACCAGAUGACAGAUCGGCCAGUUUUCAUAAUGGACAAGCCAUGCCAAGUCCCCACUCAUCCCAACCUAACUUUUCUGCCAAGAUAUGUCUAUUUGAUGG